AUGGAGAGGUCAGUAGGCAAGGAAGCAGAGAGUUCCAACAGCAGAGACUGGGAUGUAUUGUUCUGUCUUUUUGCUAAAGCGAUUGCGGAUGAGAAUGACACGCGUAAAAUUCAAGCUUUGAUCAAGCUUGCAAGGAUGGCGAAACAUGCACCUGUUAGUCUAUUGGUACGUACUGUGCCAAUGUUAUUAGAGCUUCUCGGAAGCCCUCACCGUAACUCAAGUGCUACAGUUCAAGAAGCAUCAGCUUACUGCUUGAAAUGUAUUGCUUCUCAAGGUGAAAUGGCACAUCUUAUAGGUCAAGCAGGUGCCAUCCCUAUACUACUGAGACUGUUGCCAAAUUCUGAUGGGGAGUUCCAGAGGGCUUUGUUGAAGUGCCUCCGAAGUGUUAUAACAUUUUGGAUCCCAAAUCGUGUGAUCCUGGCUAGCCACGGUGGAUUGGAAACCGUUGUUGCUAUGCUUGAAACAAGCUCAGGCGAGUUUAAGUUGAUUCUGUUGGAAAUCUUGAGUUCAUUGGCUCUUGUAAGAGAGGUUAGGAAGUUUCUUUGGAAUUCAAGGAGAGUCAAUCUUCUUGUCGAAGCUGCUAGUCAUGGCAGCAUGAGUUCUAGAACUAGGGCUGCUCAGGCAAUUGGCUUACUCGGAUUGAUUAAAAGAGCAUGUCGUGCAUUUGUGGAUGUGGGCGUUGUACCAGUGCUAAUGCAUUUACUCACAGAGGGAAAUGCCACUGCGAAAGCGGUGGCUGGUAAUUCACUUGGUGUAAUCUCUUCUCAUGUCGAUUUCAUCAGACCUAUUGCUCAAGCAGGAGCUAUUCCUUUGUACGCUGAGCUUCUUUGUGGCUCUGAUCCUGCUGGCAAGGAAGUUGCAGAGGAUGUAAUUUGUGUGUUAGCUGUUAAUGAAGAGAAUGCAGUGGAAAUUGUUGAACACUUGGUCAGGAAUCUUAGAGGAGGCGAUGCCAGAGCUAAAGCUGCAGCUGCUGGUGUUAUAUGGGAUUUGUCGAGUUACAAGUACUCAUCUCCUGCAGUACGGAACAACUCUUGUGUCAUCCCAACCUUAGUUGAGCUUUUGGUGGAUGAGAACUUUGAUGUUAGAGAGAAAGCUGCUGGAGCUGUUGCUCAGUUGAGCCAAAAUAAGGCUGAUCGUGCAGCUCUUGCUAAUUCUGGAGCUAUACAACGGCUCAUCAGUAUGCUAGAAGCCGAGGCUGAUGUGCUGAGAGACGAUGCUGCAGAAGCACUUGUAAAUUUCUCUUUGGACCCAUCUCUUGGGGAGCAGAUCUCCUGUAUACUAGAGAAUCCUAUAUUCCAGAAUAUGCAGCAUAGAGUGAUGCAGAUGCGCGACGCUGAUCGACAUAUGGAGCCGUCUUUACAACACCCACUCACCUUGAAUCCUGCCCUCUCUAGAAUUUUACAUUAA